AUGUCGACCACCGUGACUCUGCAGAGCAAGGUCGGCGUCUUUGCUGGCGCCGCCUUGCUGCGACUCGUGCUGUUUGCCGCAUUCCCCAGCCUCCCGGACCUGCUGACCGGCCGCGUCGAGAUAUCCACGCCCGUGACGAGCUUCAAGCGAUUACAGGAAGGAUUGUUUCUAUAUAACCACAAUGUCUCGCCGUACGAUGGCGGCGUCUUCCACCAGGCACCGCUGCUGCUCCCGCUCUUCUCGCUGCUCCCAGACGUCAAGACCUGGCCCAUCUUCACGGCGUUGCUGUACAUCCUCGUUGAUCUUCUCAGCGCGUAUGCGCUCCUCGUGAUUGCGGACUCGGGAGAGGCUGGCCAGUCGAAGCACUUUACGUCCCCUCGACGGGCCAAGAGAUCUUCGGGUCUCUUGGUAGCUGCCGCCUUCCUGUUUAACCCCUACACGAUAGCAUCCUGCAUUGGCCGAUCAACAAGCGCAUUCACAAACUGCGCGAUCCUCUUCGCCAUUGCAAAGGCUCUGUCCGGCUCACCCUUCAACUCCAUGGUCGCCAUCUCCUUCGCCUCUUACCUCUCCAUGUACCCGAUUCUCCUUCUCCCGCCUCUGGUCCUCCUCGCGUACGACCGCCAGUCCGACAAGCGACGCAUUGACUCCGCCGUGCAGUUCUCGUUGAGGGCCAUUCUCAUCGCCGCCACCUGCAUCUCCCUUUUGUUGGCCAUGUCCUUUGCGCUCACGGGCAACUCGUGGGACUUUUUGGCCCGAACAUACGGCAUCCAGCUCACGCUGUCCGAUCUCACCCCCACGGUCGGGCUGUGGUGGUACUUUUUCAUUGAGAUAUUUGACUCCUUCCGGGCCUUCUUCCUCGCUGUGUUCUGGCUCCACCUCGUCAUCUAUGUCGGCGGUCUUUCCAUUCGCCUGCGCACCCAGCCUCUGGCCGUGCUCACGAUUCUCCUAGGCAUCUUCGCCGUCUUCAAGCCCUACCCGUCCAUCUCUGACACGAGCCUGUUCCUCGCCAUGCUGGCGCUGUACCGACACUUGUACCCCAUUAUGCGAUACACGUACGUUGCCUCCGCGACGAUGCUCUACGCGACGUUUCUCGGCCCUGCAUUCUACCAUUUGUGGAUAUAUGCGGGUAGCGGCAAUGCCAACUUCUUCUAUGCCAUCACGUUGGUGUGGAGCUUGGGCCAGAGCCUGUUUGUGUCUGAUUUGACGUUUGCCGUGCUGAGGGAUGAGUGGGAGGUGGAGAGGCCAGACAUGGUGGGCAAGGAGAUUCGACAGAUAUAG